GCAGCGGGCACCGCACUUCAGUCGCGUUCGUGAUGGCGAGGAGUAAGGAGGGAGCUGCCGGCGCUCGGCUGCUGCUAGCGGCGGCGGCGGCAUUAGCCGCCUGCUGCCUCUGCCACGGCCUGCAGCUGUCCGAGCAGGAGAAGAAGUGCGUCGACCAGUACCGCAUCCUCUACCCUGAGGACAACGUGUGUUACAAGCUGGGCAACAAAGGGCCGUGCGAGGACGGCGAGCUGCUGUUCCUGGACGACUCGGAGGCCGACGAAGGAGAACAAGUCAAGCCGACGCCGGUGUGCAAGCAGUGCCGGUGCUGCCACCGCGGCACCACGGCCGUCUACUGGAACGCGACGGGCGAGUGCCUGCUGAGGAUCAGCGAAGGGCCGCGAGUCUGCCCGCACGCGGGCACCGAGCUGCGCGAGGACGCCUUCGGCCUGGGCGAGUGCGCCUGCCUGCCCGGCCACGUGCGGCCCACCGCCCCCGCCGCCGCCGCCAGCGGGGGUGCCAGCAGCGGGGGCUGGGGGGUGCCGCUGUACCUGACGACGGCGCCGCCCCCGCCGGAUGACUCGGGCCGCUGCUGGCCGCUGUUCCGGCGCGGCCCGUGCGCGCGCGGCCAGGUGUUGCUGCCCGGCGGCGACUGCGGCGCCGACGAGUGCCGGCGGGAGAACGCUGGCGGGGGCGGCGCAACGUUCGUGCCGCUGUUCGGCCGCUGCCGCCGCCUGGGCGACACCUGCCCCCGCGCCGGCGUGCCCCCGAACUCGACCGUGGGGAUCAGCUCCUACACCGGCAAUCCGACCUGCGUCGACCGCGACACCAACCCGCUCAACCUGGUGGACGCGCCCGCCAACUGCCCCACGGCCGCCGGUGGCGAGGGCUGCGAGAAGGUGGUCAACGUGCCCAAGGACGGCGACGACUACUACCAGAAGUUGCUCGAGGCGGCCGAAAAGCGCCGCCGCAAGCGCCGCGUGCGCCCCAAUGCCGUAGCUUAGGAACGCCUCGAUGCCGUGACGAGUCGUCGCCUGGCAACGCCUCGAUGCCGUGACGAGCCGUCGCCUGGCAACGCCGCAGUGCAGUACCGAGCCGUCGCCUGGCAACGCCGCAGUGCAGUACCGAGCCGUCGCCUGGCAACGCCACAGUGCAGUACCGAGCCGUCGCCUGGCAACGCCGCAGUGCAGUACCGAGCCGUCGUCUAGCAACGCUGCUGUGGCGCGCGCCGCCGCCCAGCAACGGCGUUGAAUCGUGCCGUCUCCUAGCAACGCCGCGCUCCAGUGCCAUGCGGUCGCCUAGCAACGUCGCCAUGGUGUCGCCUGCAAUACCCUCACUGCAUCGACCACCCCACGAGCAUGGGCCACCAGUAAUCUUGACAUUCCAACUACUGCCCACGCACUCUAAAGCGACUCUCUGCGAUGUGACUGAUGAUAAUAACUCAAUUGAUAAAGAUCGUAAUACAGGGAGCUCUCGAUUAUGCUAAUUAAUAUGGACCCCCGUUAAUCGAAAAUACAUAUUUUAACUCGAAACUGCUACUUCUCAUAUUUGUCUCAUUUGGAAAACAAAAAUACAGCGCUCAUACGGAACUUUACUGACAGCUAUGCUUCCCACACAACAUUCGUGAAUGGAACACUAAAUGGUCCGAAAAUCAUGUGGUAUGAAAACUACCAUCCAUCACACCCCAUAAGGUGGUUUUCAAAGUGCAGAUGUAGAAAAUAAGCAUUUAUUUACAGCAUUACAUUUAAAAGAAACUGUACUUCUGACCACUUGUUUACAGUUCACUUUUGGGAAACAAUCGUCGAUUUUUUUGUUUCUGUUCUUCAGUUAUUUUUUUACUGACUAACGGUUCUCAUUGUUUUCAGAGUGUCAGAUCAUUAUUUCAGUCAAAUUUUGUCCCGCACAUUUCAGCAACAGACCAACGCAUUUGAGAGGUUCUGUGUGCCAGAUAAAAAGUUCCUCCAACGCCUGCUCUUCACUCUCUUUCUCUACAGAACACAGUUUGUUCGCUAUCUCUGCAUCACUUAGCAACUUAAAUCCCACUUCAUAGGCACCGCUAUUUAAACCUAUGCAGAUAUUUUCUUCCGUGCCCUCACAACCAGAAAUCUGUAAUGUCAAUGAAAAUAUUAGUUCUAAUGAGUUUAGCCAACUUCACACUUUUUUGUUGACUAUACAUGAACAGUAUUGAUUAAUUUCCAGUCGCUGCCAGCAUUAACUAGCAAACCCAGCCUUGAUUGAUGAAGACAGAUGCUACAUAAGAGCUGAAACUUUAUGAUUAGAUUUGAAAUUAUUAUUUUUUUACACGUUCGACACGUUCUCAUCAGCUACCUCCCCGAGAGUCUUCCUGGAGUGCCCCAAUCGUGUGUGUGUGUGUGUGUGUGUGUGUGUGUGUGUGUGUGUGUGUGUGUGUGUGUGUGUAGAUACACAUACGUACACAACAGUUUCACAGGUAUUGUAGAAGAGACACUAUACAUGGUUGCCAAUGGAAUGUGAGCUCAAUCUCUAUGUCGUCAUUAAACGGUAAUUUAUGUUUUGUUUCUGUCGUUUCGGGAAACUGUUUGCUGUUUACCUCAGAGGCCGUUAUACUACCUACAUACAUCCAUUUGCUGCAUGGAGUAACUGUCUUCAUAUUUAGUACUAUUUAAAUGUAUGUAAUUUAUAAGUCAGUGCUAUAGUUAUGAGGAAAGUUUACAGGCCCAUAAUCAGUAAAAUGAGUUUCUUAAAAUUAUUUCUGCACUCCUGAUGACAUUGCUAAACCGAAAUACCAGUGUGGGAUUGGUGCUUGCAUAGUUGCUGCGUUUGACGAAUAGAUUCACAUGUGUGAGUAACUUCAUCAGAAAAAGACUGUGAUAAUUUUACAGAAACCUUGAACCACAACAUUUAUUUAUUUUCGCUACCAAGUUCAAUAAAGCAAGUAGAUUACCUGGA